UAAUAGUGCUUUAUAUUAUAAAAAAGUUGUUAUUUUGGGAAUGUAUAGAAUUGAUUGGGAUGACGAGAGUAAAACUAUAGUGAAUCCAACACUCAAAGAAAUUAUCGAAUGCCCCCAGGAACGAACUUGAAAGAAGAGUGCAGUGGUUCCUUUCGUGUGAUCUGUCGGACGAAAUCAAAUCAGGGCUUGUUCACAAACACACUCUUUCUCUUUAUUCUCAUAACCCCUUUUCUCAUCUAUCAUGAUCUUCGCAAGAUUUCCGGUUCCACUGUAUUAAUGGUUUGGUUUUUAGGUGUUUUCAACUACAAUUAAAGGUAGUUUGAUUUGUGAAGAUCAAGAUUUAAACAUUUAUGGCUUCUGAGGAGAGGAGCUCCCUCUCAGCUGGAGUAGAAUCUCAUCGGGCUCCAGUUCGUUCGGGGUGGAAAAAGGCCGUGCACCAAUUUAAACAGCAAAAUCUCCCAGCUUGUAAACCUGUUCUAACACCAGCAUGGGUCAUCACAACAUAUUUUCUGAUUGGUGUCCUAUUUAUUCCAAUUGGAUUCAUUUCCCUGCGUGCAUCAAUGGGUGUCGUAGAAAUCGUGGAUCGUUAUGAUACUGAAUGUGUGCCAAAUUCAUAUAAAAGUGACAAGGUGGCCUAUGUGAAAGAUAUGUCUGUCUCAAAGAAUUGUACUCGGUACUUGAAGGUCAAGAAGCGGAUGAAAGCUCCAAUUUAUGUCUAUUAUGAGCUUGAUAAUUAUUACCAGAACCAUCGAAGGUAUGUUAAAAGUCGUAAUGAACAACAGCUCUUGCAUGGACUGAGAUACAACAGCACAAGUUCUUGUAGACCUCUAGAGUUAAACAAGGGUCUUCCCAUAGUCCCUUGUGGGUUGGUGGCUUGGAGUUUGUUUAAUGACUCGUAUUCCUUUUCACGCGGGGCAGAAAAGUUAAAUGUUAAUAGGAAGAACAUCGCAUGGCAGAGUGACCGUGACCACAAGUUUGGGAAGAAAGUGCAUCCUUUUAAUUUUCAAAAUGGGACCUUGAUUGGUGGUGGAAAGUUGGAUUCAAGAAUUCCAUUAAGUGACCAAGAGGAUCUUAUAGUCUGGAUGCGAACUGCUGCUCUUCCUAGCUUCCGAAAGUUGUAUGGAAGAAUUGAAGAGGACUUGGAUGAAGAUGACGUCGUAAUUGUAAACCUGUUAAAUAAUUAUAACACUUACAGUUUUGGUGGGAAAAAAAAGAUAGUUCUCUCGACAUCAAGCUGGUUGGGUGGAAGGAAUAACUUCCUUGGGAUGACUUACAUACUAGUUGGUGCUUCGUCUAUGUUCAUAGCUCUCGUUUUCCUAUUGCUUCAUGUGAAAAGUUCAAGACUACCAGCAAUGUAAGAAGUAUGAAGUAUGUUGAGUGCCUCUUCUUUUCAAUGGAGGAUUCUCUUCCAGAGGAUAAACAGACUCGUCAUCUGGUCUUUAUAAGUAAAUAUUUGUAUAACAAGAGCGACACUUUCCCGUUGGUCUAACUAUUGCUGCUGUUUGAAGGCCAGUUCUGUAGUUGUUAAUUGAGUACAUGUCGAUCAAUGAUCGGUAUAGCAAUGUUAUAAUUGAGUACAUGACUGUAAAAAUUUAAUGCCGGGUAAGCUUAUGAUCACGACUGAGAUUGUUGCA